UCCGACCGCAGCGUGCGCGCGCGUGCGUUUGUGUGAGAAACAUGGACGCCUCUAUGAGAACUUGCCUCUUGUUUGCUCUCUCAGAGCACAAAAAGCUUAUGAACAGAUUCCUAGUUCACAUCAAUGAAGAGGCGGAAGAGCAAAAAAAGCGCACAAGGGUGGCAACAGCUGCUAUUCUCCGUUCACCGCAUAGAGUGACGCUGAAGACUGGAGCGAAAUGGGAAGUCAUGCUGAACCUGGAUGAUGACACUUUUUAUCGUCCUUUCAAAGUCACCAAAAGACAGUUUGAUUUUCUUCUCAUGGUCCUGCAGCAGCAGGGGCUGAAACGACAAAAAGCCAGAGGUCAGCCAACAGUACCUGUCAGAAUAAAGGUCUUGAUGUUUCUGUCAUACAUGGGGAACCAAAAUGGCUUCAGAGACAUUUCAGACAAAUUUGAUGUUUCUGAGUCAACAGCGCACAAGUCUGUUUUGGAAGUGCUCGCCUUUUUUUCCACUCUAGGGCCAUCUUUCAUUUCCUGGCCAAAUGCAAGCAGAAAAAAAACAUCCUCUGCUGCAUUCCACAAGCUGUGUGGCCUUGACGGAAUAAUUGGUGCAAUCGAUGGUUGCCAUAUCAAGAUAAAUCGACCAAACAUAAGAGGGGGAGACUACAUGAACAAACAGUCGUUUUAUUCUGUGCGCCUUCAGGGGAUUGUUGAUGAGAAGGAGCGAUUUAUUGACAUAUUUGUUGGACCACCAGGCAGAGUUGAUGAUGCCAGGAUGUUGAGGGCCUCCAGCUUUUAUGCAGACUGGCAGGAAAAAAUGGGUGAAUACACUUUGCUCGGAGACAGCGCCUACACUGACCCAUUUAUCAUCACUCAAAAGUGUGAUAAUGGUGAUCUCACUCAAGAUGAACAGCUCCAAAACUCCAGAAUCAGCUUGGGGAGAACGGUCAUAGACCAAGCAUUUGGAAGGAUGAAGUGUAAAUGGAGGCGGGUCAGAGACCUGCAGAACACGCGUCUUGAAAAUGUGGUGAUGAUUAUUAUGGCAGCCUGUUUCCUCCAUAACAUGUGUAUAGGUGACGAUGAAAUGUGUGAGGAGCACCCUGAAGGCUGUCCAAGGCAGACAGAUGACCAUGUUUAAGCCUGGUUUAUAUUUUUUAUAUCUUUGUACUUCAUGCUCAAAUGACAACACAAUUAAAAGUAUACAUGCAUGA